GAUAUGAGCUUAAAAGUAAAGGCAGUAAAAAUACCCCAAAAAAGGCAGAGGGCACAAAGGGUUAAAAAACAAACUAAGGGCCAUAUUAAGAGGGCCACAGAAGGUCCCCAGGCCAGACUUUGGACACACCUGCCAUAUGAGGACACCAUUUCCUUCUUUACUAACUACUUACUGUUGAAAAGCAAUGCUUAAUUUUUUCAGCUCCUGCUAAUCCCAAAUAGCUAGGAGAACUUAAAAAUGCACAGCACACACGGAGGGUCUCUCUCAGGAGGUUACAGUGGGCUAACCCUCACACACCGGUGCGGUGCUCUCCGCACAGUAGAGGAGCUGAAUGUGGGGGAAGUCGCUCUGCGGUGUCCGGAUGUGGACGUGGCACAGCGCUGCAGCAGUUCCGCUGAAUGUCCGCUUCUGCUAGCAAGAAGGGAUUAGUGAGAAACACCCCGGGACGACAUCGGCUUCCCAGUUUGUCGGCCACCGGGUUUCACAGCUUGCCCCCAGCAGAGGAUAGCCUUACUACUUACAACACUUCGGAGAUUUAGUGAUGAACUGAGGAUGAAUGUAAACCAGCACACUCCAAUGGCCUCUCCAUACGGCCAGCCUCAGCCUGGCUACGGCCAGCCUGGCUACGCUCCCCUGGAUGGGGGAUAUCCCGCUCCCUACGCACCUUACAAUGGCCCCGCUUCAGCCUACCAACCUGGGGCUCCACCACAAGGUUAUUCUCCUUUUACAAGCUUUCCCUCUAAGGCUGUGGCAACCAACCCAGUCUCUGACCUCUCCUCUCCUCUUGACUUAGGUCCUGCCAGGGGUGCUCCCGUCUCUGGAGCCCCUCCAGUCUCAGCGCCUCAACCAUAUAAUCAGUAUAGUCACAGUCAAGGGAACGUGCAGAAUGGACCCCCACCUAUGACACAGGCACCACCCAGGCCUGCUGUGUCUCAGCCAUACAACCCGGGAGCUGUGAACCUGUCGGGGCCACAGCCCUCCUAUCCCCACCACUAUGGAGCCCCACCCCCAAUGCAGCAGGUCACUAACCAGAUGACUGGGAUGCACAUCACCUCUGGACCGCCAACCCCUGCGGGGCCAGGAUAUGCUCCUCCUCACAGCUCCCAGCCUCCUGCCAGCACCGCCUUCUCAGCUGCACCUCCACCCGCUUACACCCAAGCCCCCCUCCCCGCAUCCUCUGCCCCGACCCAGCCACCACCUCCCAGUGGCCCUGCAGCUUCUCAGCAAUACUACGGAGGCCCACCACCUCCAUCACAACAGCCAUUCAACCCUCCGCUUCCCCCUACCUCUCAACAGCAGUUCACCUCUCCUGCACCGCUGCAGCUUCCUCCUUCCUCUCAGCAAAACUUUCCUCCCUCCUCCUACUCGGGUCCUGCGCCUCCACCCAGCCAAGCACCCGCCCCCCCGGUGUCCCAGCCACAGCAGUCCUUCCCUCCAACCCAGCCCCCCUUCUCCUCAGCACCUCCACCUGUGGGCCAGCCUGCCUUCAUCUCCGGCCCGUCUCCCCCUGCCCCGGGCUCAUUCCCACCGAGAGCACCCCCUCCUUCCUCUCAGCCUGGGUCUUUUCCUCCUCCUGGUCCUCCAACCUCGAUGCCCUCUGGCCAGUACCCAGGCCCCUUGCCACCCCAACAGCAGCCCCCGCCAUCCCAGCCAUCCCCCUACCACUCAGGCCCCCCUCCUCCCAGAUCUCAGAUGCCUCCCACCUCCAUGGCCCAGAGCAACCACCUGCCUCCAGGACCACAGGGCCCACCAGGCCCUCCUGGGCCCAUGCAGCAGCCUCCAUCUCAGCCUGGCAUGCAGGGAGGAUACCCUCCUCAGCAGAAUGGUGCAUUUGGCCAGGUGAGAGGCCCGCAGCCUGGCUAUGCAGGCCCGUAUCCCGGACAACCAAACUACGGAGCCCCCGCACCAGCGCCGGCUCCUGCUCCCCCUGCACAGAAAAGACUUGACCCAGAUGCCAUUCCUAGCCCGCAAGCGUCUGACAUGCCGGCUGUGCAGAAAUCAAGACAUAGAAUAGAUCCAGACGCUAUCCCCAGUCCAAUCCAGGUAAUAGAAGAUGACAAGGCUAAGACAACUGAGCCAUUCACCACAGGGGUCAGAGGUCAGGCCCCACCGCUCGUCACCACCAACUUCCAGGUCAAAGACCAAGGGAACGCCAGUCCCAGGUUUAUUCGCUGUACGGCCUACAAUAUGCCUUGCACAGCCGACAUGGCCAAGCAGUCUCAGGUGCCUCUGGCUGCUGUCAUCAAACCCCUCGCCACGCUGCCGCCAGAUGAGACCCCUCCAUACUUGGUGGACCACGGUGAGGGCGGUCCAAUCCGCUGUAACCGAUGCAAGGCCUACAUGUGUCCGUACAUGCAGUUCAUCGAGGGAGGUCGGCGCUUCCAGUGUGGCUUCUGCAGCUGCGUCACAGAGGUGCCUCCACAUUACUUCCAGCAUCUGGACCACACUGGUAAGAGGGUGGACUGCUAUGACAGGCCGGAGCUUUCUUUGGGCAGCUAUGAGUUCCUGGCCACUGUCGAUUACUGUAAGAACAACAAGAUUCCUCAGCCUCCAGCCUUCAUCUUCCUUAUCGAUGUGUCCUACAACGCUGUGAAGAGCGGCAUGGUCAACAUUGUCUGCCAGGAGCUCAAGACCCUCCUCGACUACCUGCCCAGGGAGAACCCAGAAAUGGAGUCAGUGGUGCGGGUGGGUUUUGUCACCUACAACAAGGUUUUGCACUUCUACAACGUCAAGUCGAGCCUGGCCCAGCCCCAGAUGUUGGUGGUGUCAGAUGUGUCAGACAUGUUCGUACCCCUGCUCGACGGCUUCCUGGUCAACGUCACUGAGAGCCGGCUAGUUAUCGAGAGUUUGUUGGACCAGAUCCCAGAGAUGUUUGCAGACACCAGGGAGACAGAGACGGUCUUUGGUCCCGUCAUCCAGGCAGGACUGGAGGCACUCAAGGCUGCAGACUGCUCAGGAAAGCUGUUUGUGUUUCACACGUCUCUGCCCAUAGCGGAGGCGCCUGGAAAGCUAAAGAACAGAGAAGACAAGAAACUGAUCGGGACAGAUAAGGAAAAGUCUCUGUUCCAGCCCCAGGUGAGUUUCUACAACAGCCUGGCUAAGGAGUGUGUGGCGCAGGGCUGUUGUGUGGACCUCUUCCUCUUCCCCAACCAGUAUGUGGACGUUGCCACGUUAGGGGUGGUUCCUGUGUCCACUGGAGGGUCCGUCUACAAAUACACCUACUUCCAGGCUCAGUCAGACAGGGAGCGAUUCCUGAACGACCUCAGGCGAGACGUUCAGAAACUCGUAGGCUUUGAUGCUGUCAUGAGGGUGCGAACCAGCACAGGUAUCCGGGCGACAGACUUCUUCGGCUCUUUCUUCAUGAGCAACACCACAGAUGUGGAGCUGGCAGGCCUGGACUGCGACAAGGCCAUCACUGUCGAGUUCAAACAUGAUGACAAGCUCAGCGAGGAGACGGGGGCGCUCAUGCAGUGCGCCGUGCUGUACACCAGCUGCAGCGGCCAAAGGCGUCUCCGCAUCCACAACAUGGCGGUCAACUGCUGCUCUCAGCUGGCUGACCUCUACCGCAACUGUGAGACCGACACAAUCAUCAACUUCUUCUCCAAAUACGCUUUCCGAGGCCUCCUGAACAACCCCACCAAGGCGGUGAGAGACACUCUGGUCAACCAGUGCGCCCAGAUUCUGGCGUGCUACCGAAAGAACUGUGCAAGCCCCUCAUCAGCUGGUCAGCUGAUCCUCCCAGAGUGCAUGAAGCUGCUGCCGGUCUAUCUGAACUGUGUGCUGAAGAGUGACGUGCUGCUGCCAGGAGCCGACGUCUCGUUGGACGACCGGGCCUACCUGAGGCAGAUGAUCAGCUGCAUGGACGUCACAGAGAGCCACGUGUUCUUCUACCCCCGCCUGCUGCCACUGAUGAAGUUGGAAAGCGGGUCGCUGCCAGUGGCGGUGAGGGACUCAGAGGAGAGGCUGUCUAAAGGCGGCGUUUACCUCCUGGAGACGGGACUCCACCUCUUCCUGUGGGUGGGAGCCAGCGCUCAGCAGGAGCUGCUGCUCAACAUCUUCGGCACGCCGAGCUUCAGCCAGAUAGACCCGAACCUGACAAGUCUGCCGGUGCUGGAUAACCCCUUCUCUCAGAGACUCCGAGAGAUCAUCGAAUCCUUCAGAGCACAGCGGUCACGAUACAUGAAGCUGAUGGUGGUGAAACAGGAAGACAGAGCCGAGCUGAUAUUCAGGCACUUCCUGGUCGAGGACAAGAGCGCCAGCGGGGGAGCGUCAUACGUGGACUUCUUGUGUCACAUGCACAAGGAGAUCCGCCAGCUUCUCAGCUAGGCCUACAGACACCCCCCCCUCCCUGUUCACCUGUAUGACCCAAACACCAACCCCGACCCCUGGUUCACUCUUCCUUGUGAAAGAAAGCGCUUUAUCUCUCUUUUUUUUUUUUUUUUUUUUUUUUUUUUUUAACCUAAUAAACUAAAGCUCUCCUUGCUGUCUGUCAGCGAAGAGACCAGCUGGCAGAUCUUGUGUGUGUGUUAGUGGGAGUGCGUGUGAGAGAGUCUGAUGUUAAUAGAGCUUUACUCUGCCUCAAAUCUACUGCUCCAACACAGCAGGAGCAAAAUAACUGAAGAGGGAGGGUAAUGUAUAUACACAAGUGAACAAUUAUGUAUGCAACAGACUGAGUGAGUGACGGAGGUGGCUGACGUUGACUGUAGUCGGUGUACUGUCUGUAUUACUAGCACUGAAAGGCUGUUUUGGGUGCGCUCGUGACCCUCAGAUAGCAAAACACUUUUUAUAUGAUUGAAUCCCAAUAGAGUGAAGGACAUUACAUACCAAGGCAUAAUGGAGUUAAAUAAAUGCUGUUCUUUCUGUCUCUUCUCCCCCUUUAAUCAUGGCCUUAGUAUCCCCCCCCACCCAUGCUGCUCCAAUCAUACAUUAUUAUGUGUGUGUGUGUUUCCACAUGUGAGAAGAUUAGUCGCCCACUGCCCAGUUAUUUCCCAGUAUGUCUCCAGGUGUGAGCAUCCAAAUCGAAGCCUACUUUAAAGGGAUAGUUCAGCCUUGUUUUUAAGCUCAGUUGUACGGUGUGCUUAUCCACAAACGGCACGACCCCAGUGUGGAGAAGCAAGAUGGAGUCUGACAUGGAAGCUAAGGAAUGUGCUGCUGUGGACGGGGUCGGCAACAAAAUGUAUUUCAGCCACCUAAAUAAAAAAAGUCCCUAUAUCAGUUUAAGUGUACGCUAUAUUGAGAGUAUUUUCACUGCUUGGGCAAUGCCGUUAACAGCUUCAGCUUCCCAUCGACGCUCUCGCCAGAGCCCGCCAGACUCCAUUGACAAAAACAGUAAUUUUAGCUCACUGAGUACAUGAGUUGCUGCGUUACCAUUGCGUCAAUCAGCUAGUUAGUUUGUGUUAUUGUGCGACUUCAGUGAAUCCAAACGAACCCUUUGAAACUCCCAAGUGACACAGUAACACAAACAAAAUAACUGUUGGAGGCAGCUGUAGACCAGCAGCGUUUAAUCGCUGUUUUUCCUCAAUGGAGUCUGGCUUUGACGAGAGCGAUGCAACGGCUUCAUUUUCCCGCUUGAAAUCGCAGUCUGAAAUUAAAGUGAAGUGGUGAAAAUACUCUAAAUAUAGCCUUCACUUUAACUAAUAGAUUUUUUUAAGGUGGCUAAAAUAGAUUUCGUUGCUGACCCGUCUGUGCUCUCAUCAAAGCCCACCAGACUCCAUCGACAAAAACACUAAUUUUAGCUCACUGAUUACAUGAGUUGCUGCAAUACGGCCGCAUCAAUCAGCUAGUUAGUUUGUGUUAUUGUGCGAUUUUAGUGAAUCCAAACAAACCCUUUGAAACUCCCAAGUGACACAGUAACACAAACAAAAUAACUUGGAGGCAGCUGUAGACCAGCAGCUCCUCUGUUCAGCAAUGUUAAAUCGCUGUUUUUCUCAAUGGAGUCUGGCUUUGACGAGAGCGAUGUAACGGCUUCAUUUCCCUCUGCAGCCUGCUGCUCCAACUGGCGGCAUGCGGACUGACAUCUACUGCAUGUGACAUCCUGUCUAUGGAUGAUUAACUCAUACAACCCCACUUCAAAAAAAUCUGAACUAUCCCUUUAACAGCUCAAACUGGAGUCUGACAACCUUUUUAACCACAGAAAGCAGUUAUUUUGAGUGUCCACAAGUGAACCUGAACUAAAGGUGUGCAUGGCUGCUGUGUUAUCCCAGUAAUUGGUAUAAUCCAGAUUUGUUUUUGUGACUGAACGUCUCAGAUGUUCGGUCACUGAUGAACCAGAUGUGUCAUGACUCUGUCAUGAGAGGCAGUUCAAAGUCUAUGCAGCAAAGAGAAAGGCCAGACACAAGGACGGGUGUGAACGUUUGAUCUCAGCAUCGCAGUGACGAGGAAAUCCUCCUCGUGAUUCUGUCUGUUGAUUUGUAGUGCUGCAGACUUUAUAUUAAUCAAAUGCUCUGAUGUCCAAAAUUGUGUUUUAAAAAACAAACAAACAAAAAAAGCAGUUUCCAGCAGACAGAAAUGAGCACAGAACAACGGCAGAUAAAUGGACAUCAGUUAGUGUUUGCAAGUUUUGAGUUGUCUCCGCACUGACGGUGUUCAGUGUGUAAAUAAAAUAUAUAAUCUGUACAGAAUUAAUAGAAAAUAACAAUUUUAAAGACAUGCCUGAACAGCUGUGGUUUGUUGAUGGUUGGUUUCUCUGUCACAAAUAGCCGAAAUAUAAAAUCCCGGCUUUUACUGGAGAGAGGAAGACGCCUCGACUGGCUUUUUGAUAUGUUUGUGUACGUGUGACUGUGAGAGUGUGUGUGUGUGUGUGUGUGUGUGUGUGAGAGAGAAUGUGGGGUCGGUCCUGGUGAAUUUCUCCUGAGGAACAGAGGGAUCAGCCAACACACACACACACACACACACACACUACCCAUGAGAUUAAAUUCUUCAUUUAUCACCUUCUGUUCUUUUCUUUUUUCUUUUUUUUUCUUUUAACAAUGUGACUUUUGUGUUUGAUCGGUGUGUGUGUGUGUAGCCCUCUGUUCCGUCUUUAUGUUCACUGACUCUGAUUGGCCCACCGUCUUGACUGUAAUCUUAAUUUCUGUUCCUUUUUUUUCUUUGAUUUGUUGUUUUUUUUUCAUUGCCUCUUGGGACUGCUAAUAAAAUGAUUGUUAAAAGUGAAACUCCA